CUUGACGUCAGAGAGCCGCGACAGCAGGAGGGAGCGGCUCUGAUAGAGCGACAUCCACUCAGAGUGGGAGAGAGAGAGGAGAGAGAGCAGCGGAGCGGACGGGUGGAUGACUACAGUCAGUCAGGAUGCGUGAAUACAAACUGGUUGUUUUAGGAUCAGGAGGAGUCGGCAAGUCAGCUCUGACUGUCCAGUUUGUUCAGGGGAUCUUCGUGGAGAAGUAUGACCCGACGAUAGAGGAUUCCUACAGGAAGCAAGUCGAGGUCGAUGGGCAGCAGUGUAUGUUGGAGAUCCUGGACACAGCAGGAACAGAGCAGUUCACAGCGAUGAGAGACCUGUACAUGAAGAACGGUCAGGGCUUCGCUCUGGUCUACUCCAUCACGGCUCAGUCCACCUUCAACGACCUGCAGGACCUCAGAGAGCAGAUCCUCAGAGUGAAGGACACCGAGGACGUUCCGAUGAUCCUGGUUGGAAACAAGUGCGACCUGGAGGUGGAGCGUGUGGUGGCCAAAGAGUCCGGCAUCGGCCUCGCCCGCCAGUGGAACUCCUGCGCCUUCCUGGAGACCUCAGCCAAGAGCAAGAUCAACGUGAACGAGAUCUUCUACGACCUUGUGCGACAGAUUAACAGGAAGAGUCCAGUUCCCGGGAAAACUCGCAAAAAGUCCACCUGUCAGCUUCUCUAAUGACAGUUUUUCUGCUCACCUGACCGACAACAAACCAACCAAUCACACCACAUCUUCCAGCUGGCCACGCCCCUUUAACACAACCAUGUCAUCAUCACCAUCGGCCACCUCUGACCUCUGUUCCCGUGACGACCACAUCUGCCAUCCCCUUCACCACACUGUCUGACGGAGACGGUUGCCUUGGAAACAUUAAACCAAACAUCAUAAGACUGCAGCGGUGGUGAUGAUGAUGAUGAUGAUGAUGAUGAUGAUGAAGAAGAUGAUGAUGAUGAUUCUGCCGUUGCAGAAAUGGGGGCUGUCCACACAACUGCUCAGAUUUAAACCACAGUUCCCAUCAUGCUCUCUGCUUGGCCAUUUUGCGCUGGGGAGUGGCUUCUUGCUUUUAAUUUUGAAUGUUUCUUUCUUUACUUCGACUUAUUUUCCAGCAGUCCCGAGUCACACACACGCAGUCUGACCACGCUGCCGUCGGCCAUGUUGUGGCCACGAUUACCCCGGUGAUGUCACAGCUGAUUAACAUGGCCGACUUUGUGUGUGUGGCUCUGGUCGAACCUGUGGAUCCAUACAGUGGUUAAUAUACAGUGAUUAUUAUUAUUAUGUUUCUGUGUGAAAAGAUAUAAAAGUCAUUUAAUAUUUUUGUUUUUGAUUUUCGGGUGAGGGGGGUGCAGCAGGUCAUGCAGUCGGCUCACUGCGCUGAUAGCUUCCAGCUAAUUUAAGUUAGCUAAAGGCUACAGGAAUGAAUUGGCAAUAUUCGGAAACAAUGCUAACUGUCCAAAUUUACUAUUUGUUUGAAUAGCUUGGUUAGCAUGUUUCAAAAGAGGUUAAAGUGUACUUAGCUAUGGGCUGCCUUAUUAGCCUAGCAGCUAGCAGAAAUAUUGCAUGUAAAUUAUGCUCUGUGUGUGAUGAUAGCGUUAUUAGCAUAUCUCCAAAGAAACUGAUGGAAGCUGUUCGCUAGGGGCUAGCUCAUAGUUUAAACAGCAAAUGCAUUGGCAAUGUUAAAAGGGAAUGCUAACUAUGCUAAUACUUUGUUGGCUUUUUCUUAAAGAAUUUUAUGUUUACUUACAGUUAUGGGCUACCUUGUUAGCCUAACAGCUGGUAAAUAUACAUUUAUUCACAAAGAAACAAAUGGAUGUUGGUUGCUGUGUGUUAGCUUGUCAGCUAUCUGUGAGUUAGAUUUACAGUUAGGAAAAAAUAACAAUGCUAACAAGCCUUUCAGUUGUGGGCUAGCAUUAUUGCUAAGGGAAAAUCAGUAUAUUUGGUAUGCUGUGAGGGGAUGCUAACAAUGCUAAGAUCUCAAUGAAACAAAGGAAUGAUAGCCGCGGUGAGCUGACUCUAGACCUGCUGCUCAGGGCGGACAUGUUGCCUUUUGACAGCAGACUCACACUGGUCCAGUACCUUAUGUGUGUGUGUGUGUGUGUGUUUGUGAAUGUGUGUUUUUGUGUGUGUAUAUGUGUGUGUGUGAGUGUGUAAGUGAGCUGCAUAACAACAGUGAACCAGGCCAGUUUCUGUAAUGACCUUUUUGGCCCGGGGUGUUUGGGGGUUGGGGGGGUUGUGUUAUACUUACUGAACAGGGCGGCCCGCAGGUGUUGUUUUUGUAUUAUUAACCAUAUUAUUACCUGAUUAUUAAUGUAAUUAACACAACACAUCUGAGAGGGAAACACUGAAUCAGUGGUCUUGUUGGUCAGCACUCCUUUGACUGAUUUAACCAUCCAGGUGUGGAGGAUCAGACUCGACCUCCGUAUCCGUGUGUUGGUGUCGUAUAUCAUGCUAACAGUUAGCUCAAAGCUAACAUGUUAACGUGUUAGCAUGGAGCACCACUGACAAGUGGAUGGUUUCAGUGUCAGUAAAGUUAAAAAAACUUGGUGUUUCUCUUUGACAGUAGCACGGCUGAGACCAACCAGAGGAGGAUGAAGUGGAAGCCCCGCCCCCGUGUGCAUUGGGGGCGUGGCCUGUGAAGCAUCAGCCACAGAGAGCCUUUGAAUAUCUGUCUUCUGUUUGUAAUGUGAGAGUGGUAUUUCCCCACAGAUUCAGUAUGUUGGACCAGUGACCUCUGUGAGUACUGCUGUGCACAGUGUUGUACUAUCGGGAAUACUUGCGGUACUGCGUGGUACCGCUGUCAGUAUUCUGGUUCUCCUCCAGUGCGUUCAGUCAUGUAGCAUGUUGAUGUUUCUGUCAGUCUGAUCUCCAGGAGGUGCUGCAACAGUUUGCAUGCCGAGCAGAAGCUUCCAGGUGAAAAGGUCCGUCUGCAGCCGUGGCGGGGCGUUCCUGUUAGCAUUACACUGUUAGCAUGCUCACCAAAAGAAAAGCUAACGUUAUGACGAUUCCUGUUGAAACUUUUAGGUAAGCUUCUUUUCGAAAAACCCUUCUGACAAACCACAUAUUUCAGUUUCCUUGUGCAUUGAGCCGUGAUGGACUCACUACAGCCCCCUUGUGGCUGUAGGGCAGAACAGAACCUGGUGAGAAACCGUCUGAUGAGGGUUUUUUCCACACUGAAAAACAAACAUUGGUUUUCUUUUCUUUUUUUUUUUAUAAGAGAAAAGACUUAAAUGAUGGAGGAUUAACUAGUUUCCCUUUGGAGCAUUAAUUACCAGUAUUUGUGGUUUGUAACACAUUGUGAUGUAAUUGUAAAGAAAUAUGAGGACAUAUUAAAGUGUUUAUUAAUCUAUUUAUCCACUUUUUUAACUUCACCUACCCAGAAUCUAUAACUGCUGUUUGAGCAGUUAAAGAAUAACUGAUAACACAGUAUAACAUGCUGUUAAUCAUAUUUAAUUACAUAUGAUCACAAUUACAAAUCCUAGCUUUCACCCACAAAUAGAGUUUAGGUUCUUUAUUUAAACAUAUGAUAAAUACUUCUUAUUUGAUAUUAAUCAGUUAUUUAAAAUGUGUAUUUUCAUGUGAUUACAGCCGUGUUACAACCCUUCAGUAUGAGGGCGAGUUAAACACUUUUAAUUGUCCUCACACGUCUUUAUAACUGCGUCUCUGGUGUUGCAAACAGUUUAUUAAGUAUUCGUUUACUCCGAAAUUAUAAAUAUGAGUGUUUUUUAAAUAAAGUAUUAUCAGGCUUUCAAUAGGAAACACACCUGGAAGUCUCACCUGUCCUCCCCGAGAGAUUACAUCUGUCCGCGGCUGCACUCGGACCUUUCUGGCUUCAACAGUAACAGACGCGGCUGUGACCUCCAUUUCAUGUGACUUCUGUUUAAGCAUUCAGUAGAUUUUAACGUCUCGGUGUGCCUCAAAAGAAGACGAGUGAACGAUGUGUCUGAUGGCAGAAGUUUAUCGGCUUCAUCUGGCUUUCUUUAUCUCGUCUUUCCUCAAAGACAUUGUUGAAUCUUGGUUUUACUGUCAGAUUCUUUUUGGAAAGCGUCCUGAUUCGGCAAGUCGUUAGUUUGAAGCACACAGAUGAUGUCCAUAGUUUAAAGUUAGAUUUCACUUCAUAUAGAACGGGGCUAACAGUUUCCCUCUGCUUCCAGUCUUUGUGCUAAGCUAGGCUAAAUACACCCUGGGCCUGGAUCUUUGUGUUGGACUUAAACUGAGUCGCUGUAACGAUGACAGAAGUCGCAGUGAAGUGACGAACGCAGCCGCAGCCGAAUGCAAACUGAAACAACUCAAACAAGAAGAAAUGAUUUUAUAUUACUGAAAUAAAUCUGCUUCUUUUUUC